UUCUUACCCAUUUUCUCUUUAUUAUUAUCUGAAUUCUUUUUUCGUUCCCCCCCACUUGGAAGGCAACAACAAAAUAGAGAGAGCUUCUCCUUGUGAACUACUCUUUCCCUUUGCAUUUGCAGUUUUACCCUUUUUCAGGCAUUUGGAUUGUCUUGGACUUUCCUUUUGCUCAUUUGGAUGGUUUUGCUUUCUCUUUGCUUCUUUGAAUGCUCAAGGAAGUAGAUCAAGAUUUGAAUGUAAGGAUGGGUUUUUAUAAGAGUGGAUGAAAUGUCUAUCACAUUUAGCUUCUUCUCCAUAAACUUUCUCCAAAAAUGCGCCUAUGGACCUUGAAAAUGAUUAAACAUAUUGUCAUAUUGGUAUUUCUGGUGUUGUAUGACAUGUUUCUAGUACUGUCUUAAGAUUUUGAUCUUUGUAUACAAGAGGCUAAAUAUAAUUUUUGACUGUUAAAUCCUGAAGAUCAGAGAUGUCGUCUCAGGGUGCCUUAAAUGCUAAAUUGUCAAAGAAGACAACAUUUUUGGGUCUAAAACUUUGGGUUCUGAUUUGUAUAUAUGUUGGGGCAUUUAUAGUGUUGAUUCUUGGUAUCUUGUCUGUAUGGGUUACAUUUCGGAGAAGAUCCAGGCAAUCGGUGGACAAGUUCUCGCAUUCUCAGAUACUAAAUGUCUCAAAGGAAAUCAAGGUUGACAAGGUUGGAGUUCAGAGCUCCAAUGAUCUUCCGGAGAGUUUAUUCAUUUCAGUUGAUGAUAAAUCGAAUGGUCAGAAUUCAGAGAAAAUGCUAGCUCAUUUGGGGAUGAGAAAAUCAAGUGAUCCUGAUAAUACAAGUCAAUGCAACUCAUUUUACCAUCAUGAGAGGGGUUUUAGUUCUCAUUCAGGAGAUGAAGGUAGCUCAGGAACGGUUCGCAAGCAGUCUGCAUUUUCAUAUGGAGGACUAGUGACGGCCUCUCCCUUAGUUGGUCUGCCUGAAGUUUCACAUCUCGGGUGGGGUUACUGGUUUACUCUCAGGGAUCUUGAUCUUGCCACAAAUAAUUUCGCAGCGGAGAAUGUUAUUGGAGAUGGUGGAUAUGGGGUGGUUUACAAGGGUAGGCUCAUCAAUGGAACUGAAGUAGCAGUUAAGAAGAUUCUUAAUAAUCUGGGUCAGGCUGAAAAAGAGUUUAGGGUUGAAGUGGAGGCCAUUGGUCAUAUUCGUCAUAAGAAUCUUGUGCGGCUUUUGGGUUAUUGCAUAGAAGGAGUUCAUAGGAUGCUGGUAUAUGAAUAUGUGAAUAAUGGUAACUUGGAACAAUGGCUACACGGGGCUAUGCGCCAGCAUAGUACCCUAACUUGGGAGGUUCGUAUGAAGGUUAUUCGUGGAACUGCCAAGGCGCUUGCUUAUUUGCAUGAAGCAAUAGAGCCGAAAGUUGUUCACCGGGACAUAAAAUCAAGUAACAUCUUGAUUGAUGAUAAUUUCAAUGCCAAGGUUUCUGAUUUUGGACUGGCCAAGCUCUUGGAUUUAGGAGAGAGUCAUAUCACAACUAGAGUUAUGGGGACAUUUGGGUAA